CCUAGCUCAAAAGUUGUUAAAUACACUGACGAGGAGGCUAAGAAAAACCUUGAAGCUGUUGAAUACUUUGUUAACAAAACACAAAUGAGCCAGUAUACAAAAUACAUUGUCACCACAGGAUUAAAAAGAAUGAAGCGGGCUGGUGGUACACGAGGAGAUAACACUCACUGGUGCUGCAAGGAGGACCCUGUUUACAAUAAAGAGUACCACACGAGAGCUGAGAGAAAAGUAGUUCAAGUAACCAAAACCCGUCGGACAUCAGGAAAAUGUGGCUUUGGAGGAUGGAAGCGCUGCACAAGGGAUGCCACAUAUACAUCUAUGGAGGUCCAGUACCAGUCGGUGACUGAUACUAGGGAGGUUCCCGC